ACAAUCGGUUCGGUUUUCCGUGAGUUACUCGUAUUUUCGCAAAUAACAGCACAGCCACCCGCAUUGUUCAGUUUCCCAGUUUCCAGGGGUUGUCCCUGUGGCCAGCGCAAAAGUGUGGUUUCACUAGAAAGAAUCCAGCUGGGCCAGUUCGAUAGAAAGCCUAAUUUCUUGGCUAAAUGUAAUUGAUGGUAAAUUGCACCAGUGCCACACUUUACCUGGUGCCCAGCGAAAUUUAAGUGACGAACCCCUGCCACCGUCGGAAAGCGGGAGGUAGUAAAAGGAAAAAAUUACUACAGCAAUUUGCUUCUGCUGUUUUCCGCAUUGAGUUUGUUCGCCGUGAAUCGAGUAGCGAGCGCACGCAACUAGUUUUCUCGGCGACCUUGGCUAUUAACUACAGCUGAUUCGUACAGGUGCAAUAUUUCACUAGCAGUGCAUGACGCUCGAAAUUUGACCAACAAUGAUAGCGGCAUAUCAAUAAUGCACCAAUUUGUCAAAAUUCAACCUUACAGAUGUUGACAGUGUUACUGAGUGGCGACUGACCGAUUUUGGUGUCACGAUAACGCGCUGUGACCGAUUUGAGAACAGAACGAGAGGAGCUGCUGCCGUCAGUGAACUUUGCCUCUGGUGUCAUUAUUCUAUUGUGGAUUUAAAAGAUUGAAUUGAAAUCGCGAAAUUGUACGCGAACAGACCGACGAUAUGGAUACGGCAGACAGCAACAAGAUAAGCGAUGGAAUCACUUCGCCCUUAUGGAUGUUUUGGAAGCGCCGGCGCUAUAUGGUGGUGUUUAUGGCCUUUUUCGGUUUCUUCAACGUUUAUGCGCUACGGGUAAAUCUUAGCGUGGCAAUCGUGGCCAUGACCGAAAACAGGACAGUAGAUUACGGAAACGGAACAAUUGGAGCGGAGCAAUAUUUCGAUUGGGACUCGCAACUGCAGGGAUACGUGCUGAGUUCAUUCUUCUACGGUUACAUUCUGACUCCGUUCCUUGGAGGUUUUAUUUCCAACAAGUUUGGCGGAAAUUACGUUUUCGGCAUCGGAAUUGGAGCCACUGCUAUUCUUACCCUGCUGACGCCAGUAGCGGCAAAGGCUGGCGUCGGAGUGCUGAUCGCAGUGCGUAUCAUCGAAGGUGUUUUCGAGGGAGUAACUUUCCCGUGUAUUCACGCCGUUUGGUCCAAAUGGGCACCACCAACCGAACGGUCUCGAAUGGUUUCGAUAGCCUUUGCCGGGAACUAUGCUGGGACGGUCGCUUCUAUGCCAUUGAGUGGAGUCUUUGCGCAAGCUUUCGGUUGGGAAAGUGUGUUUUACAUUUUCGGGGCAAUCGGUUGCGUUUGGUUCUUGGCUUGGACGUUCAUGAUCAAAACGUCACCUGAAGUGGAUCCUUGGAUAUCGUCGGAAGAGAAGAAGUACAUACUUUCUUCCCUGAACAGGCAGGAAGGUGCUCCGGAGAAGGUCAAGCAUCCGUGGAAGGGAAUUUUAACGUCGAUGGCAGUAUGGGCUCUCGUUGCUUCACAUUUCUCGGAAAAUUGGGGAUUCUAUACGCUGCUCACCCAACUGCCAACAUUUUUGAAGGACACCAUGCAUUUCCAUUUGGAGAAAACUGGUUUCGUAUCGGCCAUUCCUUACCUGGUGAUGGGUAUCUUCCUGUUCGUAGCCGGAUAUCUCGCAGAUUUGAGUCAAGAUAAAGGAUGGCUGACAACUACACAGGUUCGACGUUUCUUCAACUGCGGAGCGUUCCUUGGUCAAACCGUAUUCAUGAUAGUCGGUGCAUAUGUUCUGGAACCUGUGCCGACGAUCAUUUGCAUCACGAUUGCCGUUGGCUUGGGUGCUUUUGCCUGGUCUGGAUUUGCGGUCAACCACUUGGAUCUGUCACCGAAAAGUGCGGGAGUUAUGAUGGGCAUAUCGAAUACAUUUGCCACUAUUCCGGGCAUUGUGAGUCCAAUCAUUACCGGCUACAUUACCUCGAACCACUCGGAUGACGAGUGGCGGAUUGUGUUUUACAUAGCGGCAGGAGUAUAUCUGAUUGGUUGCAUGAUCUACUGGUUCUGGGCGUCCGGUGAGUUGCAGCCUUGGUCAAUUGAAGCUCAGGAGAUGCUGGCCAACGAAAAGUAUGGACGGCAAAAUGGAGCGGGAGGUUUUGAUAAUAAGAUUAGUAUCGAUGAUGAGAAGUGAGGGAAUGUUGUGUUUUUCGUAAAUUAUGUAAGUUCGAAACGUUCAAGUUUUAUAUGAAUGUUUAAACAUAGCUGGUGGUAUUUUGUUGUGUAGUUCGUAAUGUAAUAAAAAAGUAUUAUCUCGUAAGCUUAUUAGAAUGAAGUUUUCAUUGAGUGAAGGAUAUCCGCCGUAACUUGCUUGAAACAUUGCUUGCAACAAAAAU